CCUGUCAUCAUCAUCAUCUCUCUCUCUCUCUCUCUCUCUACGCUCAGAUAUAUAUACAUGAUCGAUUUUGGAAGCCAUGAGAACAAGUUCGAAAUGCUGAAGAAGAACUCCACAAUGUACCUUUGAUUUGUGUUGAAUAGUGGAGCUUGAAAGUUGGAAGAAUGGCUGGAAUAGGUAUAGCAUUGGAACUACUGAGGAAAAACCCAAGCUUGAGUGGCCAAACCCUACAUUCCUAUGGUUUCUUCUCAGCCUCUCUCGCUGCUUCCACUGCCGCCGCUUCUGUUGCCGCCGCAACCCCUUUUGCCUCUAGGGUUUUCUUCCGCAAUACUGGAAGAUCAAUUGUGUAUUGCGAUGCUGGUGCUGCUUUAAAUGAUGAAGAUUACAUUACCAGCAUAAGAAACGCAUCUGCAAAUAUUUUUCUGCAUGAUUCUCUACACUACAGUACCAAAGAGUACAAAAUUGAGCUAAAACCUCUGUUCUCAGCUUUUGGAUUAAGGUUUCUGGCACUGGCAUCAUUGAGGUCUUUCUUAUCAUCUUAUUUGUCUCUUUCGAAGUCUCGCUCAAACAUAGAAGAGGAUGACGACGAUUUCCUACAGGAUGAUCCAGGAGAGCACCAAGUAGAUUUGGUUGUUCCUUUCAAGAAAUCAGUGAAGCAAGUUAUUCGUGAGACCACUGUUGCAACUACUAGACGGGUUCUGGAAAGAUUUGCCGUUCAUUAUGUUUCACAGAGGAUGGCAUGGAAACUUCUUAAAGAUAUACCCAAAUCAGCGGUGCGCAAGGCUGAAAGGGGGAUGCCAACUUUUGUCUACUUCGUCAGUGUUAGCAAAACAACUUUCAGAGGGCAUCUUCUUGGAGUUGCAGCAUCAUGGCUUGUCCAAGUUGGCAUUGAUAUUUACCGGUUCUUUUCUUACAUGUCUCGAGAAGAUGAUGAUCAAAUUGAUAGAGCAGAACAGGUUCAACUUCUUGGGAAGAAAGUUUAUGGUACUACUGUCAGGUGUGGUGCAUCACUGGUUUUUGCGUCUAUUGGAGGAGGGAUUGGUGCAUCCCUCUUUCGACCUUUGAUUGGUCAAUGGAUUGGCUGUGUUAUUGGGGAUACAGCAGGGCCUCUUAUUGUGUCAUUUUGUUUUGAGAAAGUUUUUCAUGCAAAUUUUUAGAGCAUUGGUUGCAACAUUUUUUCCUCGGCAUCUACUUGAAAUAAGGUCGACUCUACUGAUUCUGAAUAUUUUGCAGCUGCAUUUAUAAGAAGCCACCACCUACCAUUCCUCAAAAUUUUGGCUUCAUUAAGCUGCAAGUAGAUAUGCCGAUUAAUCUGAACUAAUUUUGAAUUGCACAUGAUCAGUUGGGUAAAUAAUGUCUUUUGCUCAUGAACAGGUUUGAAGAACUACAAUCCUGUGCUUUUUCUUCUUCAUUUUAAUGUAACACGUUUUCUAAUUGCUUUAAGAAAUGUUUAUAAGAUUUGUUAGUUAGAGUAACAUUUUCUUUCUGGAAAUUGGUUAGUUGAUGAAUGGCAGUAGAAUGCUGUUACUGCCCAGAAAAUAAAUGAUAUGAUGUCAAUUUUUAUUUUUAUGGGUAACCCAUCUGUUGAUAUCA